CCCACACAAAAGUAGCAUAAGAACUAGAUAAUGUCUGCUGUCUCUGCAACUGGCGUCCCGAUUUCAUUGCCCAAACACACAUAUCAUCCUCAAAUUCACACCUUAAUCUCACCAAAAUGCUAUCAUUUCUUAUCCCAUAACUCAAUCCUCAAACCUGUAAGAAGGAAAACACCAACUCCAGUAUGCAGAGCUCAUUGUUCCUCAAGAAUCUCAGACUAUCUCUCUAGCCACAGCCUCUUCUCCUCAUCCACCGCCUACUCCGGCAACCCUUUAGCCAUAGCUUCCAAGAUUGUGCACUCGGCCCCAGCCGGGAGUCUCAUUCUGAUCGAUUUGGACCCUGCCACGGCCAAACUGGCAAUAGCGUUUCUUGGGCCAUUCUUGUCUGCAUUUGGAUUUCUGUUCAUUGCAAGGAUCGUGAUGUCGUGGUACCCGAAGCUUCCCGUUGACGAGUUCCCAUACAUCCUCGCGUACGCGCCUACAGAGCCCUUGCUGGUGCAGACAAGGAAGAUCAUACCACCCCUGGCUGGAGUUGAUGUCACCCCUGUUGUCUGGUUUGGAUUGCUCAGUUUUCUCAAUGAAAUCUUGGUGGGCCCACAGGGCCUCCUUGUUCUUCUAUCUCAGCAGCAGGUUUAGGAUUUUUGGAUAUUGAAUGAAUUCAUGUGUGUUUAUGUAAUCUUAGAUUUAUGAUGAUGUGCAAAAAGAGUAAAGAAAGCAUUUUUGUAUUU